CUCCCGCCGGGCAGCGGGACUCAGACCCAUGCCGCUGUCGCCCGCGACCUCCAGGUUCCGUUGACGCUGCUGUCCGCCGAGCGUACGACCUCCAGCUGUGGUACUCUGCUGCCAAAUCAGGCUAAAGUUGACAAGCUGUGCACUCCUAAAGGAAAGGCUUUCUGAAAUCCAAACCCGCAUCGGAAAGUCUUUCAGGCCCAUGAUGACACAGACCUGUAGUGAGAAGCUGCUGUGUCCUAUCAGCCCACAGAGGAGCAGAGAAGGGCAGCAGCUUUUCUGGGGACGCAGCAGCUGGAACAGAGGCUGAGCAGGAGUCCAGACCUCUGUGCCCCAGCACCCCACAUCUCUUCUCAGUCUGAGGUAGGGGUCCUCUCCCUUCCCUGUUUUUACUCUGCUCUCAUGUGACCCCAGCUGCUCCUGGCUAAUGCUGAAAUGGGCCCAUGGGGCACUGUGAAACUCGGAAACAGGGGAGUGAGGCAAGGGGCAGGGGGAGAAGAGGAGGCUCUGCCCAGACAGAACACAUACCCACCCCUUCUUUCUGGCUGGGGAGCUGCGGGAACAAGUCCAGGCCCCAACCACUCUAGUCAGCUCCAGAGCACCGAAGCCCCACAGGCACAGGCAGCCAUGGCCCCUGAGGAGAAGCUGGACCCAAUCCCUGACAGCUUUAUCCUGCAGCCACCUGCCUUCCACCCAGUGGUUCCUUAUAUCACAACCAUUUUUGGUGGCCUGCACACAGGCAAGAUGGUCAUGCUUCAGGGAGCAGUCCCCAGAGAUGCACACAGGUUUCAGGUGGACUUCCAGUGUGGCUGCAGCCUGGAUCCACGGCCAGACAUCGCCAUCCACUUCAACCCUCGCUUCCACACCACCAGACCCCAUGUCAUCUGCAAUACUCUACAUGGAGGACACUGGCAGGUGGAGGCCCGCUGGCCUGGCCUGGCCCUCCAGAGAGGGGCCAGCUUCCUCAUCCUCUUCCUCUUUGGGAAUGAGGAGGUGAAGGUGAGUGUGAAUGGACAGCACUUCCUCCACUACCGAUACCGGCUCCCAUUGUCUCGGGUGGACACCCUGGGCAUAUUUGGGGAUAUCUCUGUGCAGGCCGUUGGAUUCCUGAAUAUUAGCCCAUUUGCAGAAGGCAGCAGAGAGUAUCCCACUGGACACCCCUUCCUGCUUCAGAGUCCUGAGCUGGAGCUUCCCUGUUCACACACCCUUCCUCAGGGACUCUGGCCCGGACAGGUCAUCAUAGUUCGGGGACUGGUCUUGCAAGAACCAAAAUAUUUCACACUGAGCCUGAGGGACAAGGCUGCCCACACACCUGUGAUGCUCAGGGCCUCCUUCACAGACCGAACGCUGGUCUGGGUCUCUCCCUGGGGCCGCAAGACACUGAUCUCAUCGCCCUUCCUCUUCCACCCCCAGCGAUUCUUUGAGGUGCUGCUCCUAUGCCAGGAAGGGGGGCUGAAGCUGGCGCUCAACGGGCAGGGCCUGGGGGCCAUAAGCCUAGGCCAGCAGAUGCUGGAGAGACUGCGGGAGGUCCAGGUCAGAGGAAGCAUCCAGCUAUACUGUGUCCACUGCUGAGUGGCCCAGCCAGAAAAAGAAGCCAGCCUGCACCAGGGCCUCACAGUGUGGCACCUCCUUGCCACGGCCAUGUAGGCCUGUUCACCCGUGUGGCUGCACCAUGGGUCUGCACCUGCCUGAGAUGGCUUCAGCUCCGCAGCUCCCCCACCCAGAGCUGCGCUUUUCUCUGACUUCUUCCCAGACUACGCUAUGCCCAUGGGGUGAGCUAUAAAAGGCUAACAAAGAUUCUCAGAAGUACAGGGGCCUUAUGAACUUGGACAUUUACUCCAUUCCUACCCAGAAGCUCAGGAGAAGCUGGCCCAGGCCCGCAGGACACUCAGACUCUCUUGGAAACUGCCCCUCCCAGGCGCCAGCAUCAGCAGUGGGGCUGGAGUCUCGAGUCCCAGGCUGGGCCCGACGUGUGCUACUCACACUCAUUCCAUCAGCCAGCUUCUACCCAUGACACAGGGCAAAGCUGAGUGUGGGGUUUCCCCAGGGCCAGACAGAGCCUGUGGUCACGCAGUAACAGCAGGCGACAGAGGGAGAGGGAGGACGCCUGCCCUUGCCUGUGGGACAGUAGCU